GCGGCCUCCAGGAAGUGUCAUGUAAAGCCGUGACAGACCGGAAAAGGCCGCUGCCCGCCUGCUUCCCGGAACAAGCACCGCACGGGAGGUGAAGAACAUCUACUGCCGCCAUCAUGCCGGCCCUUUUGGAAAGGCCCAAAUUGUCCAACACGAUGGCUCGAGCCCUUCACAGACAUGUGAUGAUGGAGCGGGAACGCAAGAGACAAGAGGAGGAAGAGGUUGAUAAAAUGAUGGAACAGAAGCUUCGUGAUGAGCAGGAAAGAAGGCGAAAGAAAGAGAUGGAGGAGCGGAUGUCUCUGGAAGAAACCCGAGAGCAGAUUAUGAAGCUUCAGGAGAAGCUGAAUUCUCUCCAGGAAGAAAAGCACCAACUCUUCCUGCAGCUCAAGAAAGUUCUUCACGAGGAGGAGAAGAGGAGAAGGAAAGAGCAGAGUGACCUUACCACCCUCACGUCAGCUGCCUAUUCACAGAAUAUGGUGAUGCAUGCUGGAACCCAUCUAAUUAAUAUGCAAGGCAGCCCAGGAGCUCAUUCUCGGCACAGCUCCCUCAUGGCUGAUCGAGCUAAGCAGAUGUUUGGACCUCCUGUCAUCACAAGCCGCCAUUACUCCUCUCAGCCAUCCUUCAGUCCAACGGCUGCCGAGCAUGGUCAGUACCAAACCAGCCAAUCCAGUCACAGUCCAUACACUGUAAGCCAACCACAGCACAGUUUCGGUGCGGGUCAGGCUGUGCCUGUGAACUAUGCUGGAAGUCAACCAAUCAGAGGGGCUUCUGCGUUCCAGACCAUGCAGUACCUUCCUCAUCAGCAGCCUGGGUACACUGUGCACAGCCAUUACCCCGGAGCCCACCCAGGGUUCAUGCCGGCCAGUAGUGGGAUUCCCCUCCAGAAGCAGCUGGAACACGCCAACCAACAGUCUGGAUUCACGGACUCUUCCACCCUUCGUCCCAUGCACCCCCAGGCUCUCCAUCCAGCACAAACUCUCCUCCCUGCGCCACAGAUUGCCGUUCCCAUGCAACCCAGCAAGUCAGCCUAUCAGGCGUCCCCUCAGCAGACCCCCCGCCUGCCCUUCAUGCAGCAUGGACAGAACCAGCGCUUUUAUCACAAAUAACUGCACCCUGGGCUGCGACACACGUGGACCAUCGAGU